CUCUCUCUCUCUCUCUCUCUCUCUCUCUCUCUCUCUCUCUCUCUCUCUCUCUCUCUCUCUGAGUGUUGUAUGAAGUGCUCAGCCUCGUCUCUUUUACAGCUCACACACUCCAACCUGUCUUCAGAAAAGGGUAAGAUUUUAAACACAUCUUCUGUCAGACCCUGUGUGGUAAGUGUUUUGUGUGUGUGUGUGUGUGUGUGUGUGUGUGUGUGUGUGUGUGUGUGUGUGUGUUUAGGAUGUUACACAUUCCGAUUGUUACAUUGUCUCUGUUAGUUGGUUUGGGAUCCAUCAGACCAGUGAAAGAACUGCAGGUGAUUUUGCAAUGCUUUAUUUACACAUGUUUAUGCACUGCACAGCUGAACAGUCAGGGAUCACUGUGUGUGUGUGUGUGUGUGUGUGUGUGUGUGUGUGUGUGUGUGUGUGUGUUACAGUAAUAUAGUGAGUAAUAGGGUAGUGUGUAUAAGUGAAGCUACUGUUACCAAUCUGAAGUGAUUUAUUUCUCUUUGUAUCAGAGACAUCAAUCAGACUUUCUAAUUAUUAUUAUUAUUAUUAUUAUUAUUAUUAUUAAUAUCAUUAUUAUUAUUAUUAUCACUAUUGAUGUUGUUGUUGUUAUUGUAUGAAACUGGCUGUACUUGUCUUAAAAUAAUUUGUUGUAUAUUUUAUAAUUUGAAUCACUUUAGCGCGAUGAGCUCAUCCGUCACGAGCAACAUGUCCACCUGAGUGAUGUUUCUUCUUGACAGGUCGAUUUUCAUUCCAAACCCUAAACCACCAUGGCCAUGAGAGUGAUGCAGUGCCAUGGCGGUGCAGUUGACCAUUUUCGGGAGGGGGUACUCCGUCCUCCAGUUCCAGGAGAGGAGAACAUAAAGAGUGAUGCAGUCCGGCCGGAGAGCUACGAACCAGAGGGCAGGGCUUCGCCUGACCACGCCCACCCGAGUUGGGCAGGGUCUCUAAAGGCACUACUGGACGAGCAGGAUGGAAUUGCGCUGUUUCGGGAGUUCCUCGUGCAGGAGGGAUGCAGUGAUGUCAUAGACUUCUGGUUAGCAUGCAGUGGAUUUUGGUUAGCAUACUGCUCUACUCUGAGCUGCUCUUCAACAUCGAUGGAGAUGUUAGAGGACAAACGGAGGCUGAAACUCGCUAAAGCCAUCUACAAGAAGUACAUCAUCAGUGGCGGAGUCGUGGCCAAGAAAAUCAAACCUCUCACAAAGAGCUCCAUCAGAGAGCGAAUCCGUCUCACACAACUCGACUCCACGCUGUUCCAGCUCGCCAAACAGGAAGUGCAGAAGAGCAUGGAGUUGGAAGCAUAUCCACUCUUCCUCAAGUCCAACAUCUUCCUCAGGUGCAGACAGGAAACCUGUACUGAACAGGAACAUCACAAACAUCAACUAAACAUCCACACACAGGAAACAGCAAACAGCAAGGAGGAAAUCAAUCACUCUGAAGAGGAACAUCAGGACAGCCUUGCACUGGAAACAGGAAACAACAAACAGGAAAUUAACAGACCAAUUCAGGAAGCAGAAAGUGGCAAAAAGGAACUUAAACACAAAAGAGAAAAUGGCAAACAGGAGGUGCCAAGGCUCUCUUCCAGAUUAGUAGAGGAGACAAAAUGGGUGGAGCCUGAGAUCAGCUCAGCCAAUCACAAGAGACUUGAGCACCAUAAUGAUGGAUAUAAAGUGAAGUACAGGAUGAUACAGGGGUGUGUGAGAGCUGAUGCCCACAAAACAUUCUUCCUUCACAAACAUAGUAUGCACCGCAUGCCAGAGCCAUGUGAGUUUGCUGCUGAUCUGAUCAGCCGUUUGGAGCUCGUUAAAGGGAGAGAGAACAGGAGACUGGUGGAGGACCAUCUACAGACAAUCUGCAUGCAGGAACCUGAUGAUGCUAUGGUUUCCACAGCAUCCUGUAUGUGCCCCACCCAUUUCUUCCCUACCCAUCAUAGCUCCUCCCACCUCAGUGCUCAACAUUCCUCUGUGAUUCCUGAGAUCAUCAUGGAUGAACCUGAACACGGUCAAAGGGGAAUAAGAACACACAGCUGGUGUUCUUCUACAACACACUCACACACCUGCCCCAACUACAGUGACACCUGGUGCCAUGGAAACUUGGCACGAACCAAUCAGAGUGAAGCACUGGGUUACAGCUCCAGGAGGACGUGUGUGUGUGAAAGUGUGACAGUGGCGUAUUAUUUCUGUGGAGAGCCGAUUCCAUACCGCACCAUGGUUAAAGGUGCAGUUAUCACGCUGGGGCUCUUCAGAGAGCUGCUCAGUAAGAAGGGACACUACAGGUUUUUCUUUAAAAAAGCGAGUGAUGAGUUCGAGUGCGGUGUUGUUUAUGAGGAGGUGCGUGAGGACCACAGCGUCCUGCCCAUGUUUGAGGGCAGAAUCACCGGGAAGGUGGAGAAGAUCUACUGAACACCUGUGU